AUGAAGAAGAGAAAGAGAGUAGGAUUGGACGACGUCGGCAGCUCACAGUCACGUAAUUCGCAUCGAACUGAAAGCAGUAGUAGCAGUACUGGCGAUGAAUGGUUAUGUGCCAGCACUCGGGUCCCAUUACCGGGGGAAACAUUCAAUUUGCUUUCCACAAAAACCAAGCAGAAGCCAGUUUCAGCGGUACCGCUUAGGGACGUGAAAGUAGCGCCAAGAAGAUUUUCUGCUCCAAAUCCAUCCUUUACUCUGGGAAAGGAUGACCACAGAAAGGAUGGUUCUGAAUCCCUUUCAGACACCUGCACACCAACUGGCAGCACAUCCGGGUUUAGCCCUUCUUGCAUAUUUCAGGCGAAAAAACCAUCGAAACUAAUUCAGCUGAAACGGGCAUCAUUGUCUUCACCUUCGGCUUCUAGUCCCAGAAUCAGGAAAGCUUCACCAAUUCUCACGCCUGAGGCAUCCUCUAAGUGUAAGUGGCCAUCAUUUGUAAGUAGGAAAAGGAAAAAUGUGGUUUUGGAGCUUUCACCGCGUAGUGCUAAGUCAUAUACUAAACUUGAGCGAUCCGUUAUUAGCCGAAACAAUAUGUCAGAGGAUUCCAUGGAAGUGGAAGAAUCUCCUCUCAAAACAGAUACGAUUCGCCCUGCUGAACGCACUCCUUCUCCAGCUCCCUGCACUUCUGUAGAGUCUUUGAUGACAGAUUCACAGAAUUUCACGGGAACGAUCAAAACCAGGGGUCUCGAAAAUAGCCGAAAAGAUGUACUCUACAGGAUUGCGACUAAAAGAGAAGAAACGUGGCCAAUGUUCUUACGAAGUCCGAUCAAGACGAGUGGAGACAAUGAAAGAUCUACAAGUGUUGUGACUCAAACGAUUCUGGAUUCUUCACCUGAUGAGAAGAACGAGGGUCCGAAAGGUGGCGCAAUUGAACCUGCGCUGUCUUCAGUCGACACAAAGUCCAGUGCUUCAGGCGAUGUGAUCGCUGCUACUCAGGAACUCGUGACUGAAUCCGAUGACGAGACGGAUCUGAGAUCAGAAAGAUUUUAUAUUGACGAGAUCAGCCGACUGAACUCAAACAACCCGUCGACAGAGAAAAGAAUGAAAGAAGAAGAGGACUCUGAAGAAGAUGAGAGUUCGUCAGAUGAAGAUGACACGCUCACGCGAAGUAGCGUGGCAAGGAUGAAUUUGACUGGAUUUGCGCAUGACCUUGCCGAAUUUAUUCUUGCACGUCGCUCCGAGCGCCUAAUGAUAAAGAGGGAUCCAAAUGUGCAAACGACAACUUAUGAAGUUUUGCAUACAGUGAGUGCAUGGGGGCUCUCGGUGUCGUGGCUUUCACCAAAGGCGAUGAUGUUUGCGCCGCCGUUUGCUCGAGACCCUACCACUGUCACACUGGCACUACCAUUGCUGAUCAUUCCGAACAAGUACGAUCCAGAAAUGCCGCUCAUACUUAAUCCUAUCAUAGUUUCCACCACACAGGAUACACUUGUCGCAAAUCCGGAAACUUAA